AUGAGUCUCACGCCCGACUACAGGCCUGCAGAACUGGCCCCCCAGCACGACAACUUCGGCGUCGACUGGGUUGUGCACUAUCAAUUCGACGACAUUGAACCGUCCAAAGCGAUCGAGGAGUUCGAGUCGCUCAUCCACGAUCUCCACGAAGCACAUCUCGAAACGCAGGUGCGGCAUGGACACGGAGCCUCACUCCUAGUCUUCAUUCGAGUCCCAAGACUGCAUUUGGGGAGUCUGGUAUAUCAGUCUAGAAUCAAGGACUGGCUGUACGGCAUCAUCCACGAAAUCCCCGCCGGCGACGACGACACGAUAGCGGACGCCGAAACCCCCGCCGAGGCCCUCCGAUCAGUAUACCAUGCGGUGACGUGGAAGAAGGAGCUGGGCGGUGCUCAUAUCACGCCGAAGCAUCGCAAGUGGAAGAACAUUGCGUCGGCGUUUCCGCUGCACGACCAGGAGGCCAAUGCCGAACUGCUGCGGAAAUGGAGCAAGACGGUCCUCCUGACUGCUGAGGAUCUCGAUGCCAUUCGGGCUCUUUUUGGCGAGAAGGUUGCGUUCUACUUUGCCUUUAUCCAGUCAUACUCGUCGUUCUUGGUGUUUCCGGCUGUCUGGGGAGCCUUGACCUGGUGGUAUCUAGGACCCUAUUCUGUUACCUUCGCUGUUGGGAACUGUCUCUGGGCGAUGGUGUUUGUCGAGUACUGGAAGAUCCGCGAGAAGGACCUGAGUCUGCGGUGGGAGGUCAAGGGCGUCGGAGCCCUCAAGGUGACUCGCACGCAGUACGUCUGGGAGAAAGAAGUCAAGGACCGCAUCACCGGGCAGACCGUGCAGGUCUUCUCGCCAUACCGGCAGUUCCUCCGCCAGCUGCUGCUGGUGCCCUUUGCGUCCGUUGCUGCGGCCGCCCUGGGGGGCUUGAUUGUGAUUACCUUUGCGAUGGAGGUGUUCAUCUCAGAAGUCUACACAGGGUCUUUCCAGGGCUAUCUCGAGUUCCUGCCCACGGUCGUCUUCUCGCUGUUUCUGCCCUCCAUCACCGGGUUGUUGAACUCGAUCGCGACCAGACUGACCAAGUACGAGAACUACCGCACCCAGGACCAAUAUGACCUGGCGCAGACCGCGAAGCAGUUCGUGAUGCACUUCAUAACAGCCUUCCUCCCCACCGUGCUUACAGCGUUCGUGUACGUCCCAUUCGGCGCCACCAUCGUGCCCUACCUAGACGUCGCCCAUCUCCGCAGCGAGCCCGCAAAGAACCCGCUAGACUUCCAAGUCGACCCCAGCCGUCUGCAGCAGGAAGUCAUCUACCUGACGCUAACCGGCCAGGUGCUGGACUUCCUCGGCGAGAUCGUCUACCCCUACGUCAAGGGCAUCGUGUGGCAGAAAUGGCGCGACUACCAGAGCAAAAAGGAAGCCGUCGAGCACCGCAAGCGAGCGGCCUCCCACGCAACAAACAACCUCCUCUUCGACGAGCCCGACGAAAGCGCCUUUCUCUCCCGCGUGCGCAGAGAAGCCGACGCAGACGAGUACAACGUCCACGAGGACACCCUCGAGAUGUGCGUGCAGUUCGGCUACCUCACGCUCUUCGGCACCUCGUGGCCGCUCGUCGCCCUCGGAUUCCUGGUCAACAACUGGCUCGAGCUCCGCGGCGACUUCUUCAAGCUCAGCCACGAGUGCCAGCGCCCGCCGCCGAUUCGCUCGGACUCGAUCGGGCCCAGCCUGCAGGGGCUGGAAGUGCUGACCUGGCUGGGCACGCUGUCGACCGCGGCAAUCGUGUACCUGUACCGCGGCGGGAUGGCGGAGAUCCGCGCCUCGUCGUUCCUGCUGACCAUCCUGGUCGCGGAGUGGGCGUACCUCGCUAUGCAAUUUGCGGUGAGCACGGGGCUUUCCAAGAUCAUGGCCAGUGUGCUGCGUCGAGAGGGGGCGAAGCGAUAUGCAAUGCGCAAGGGAUAUCUAGAAGUGGCUCAGGGCCAGGGUCAGGGUCAGGGUAGAGGGGGCAGCCCCAAAGGCAGCAAUGGAAAGCUGCGAGUGCGCUUUCGCGACCGGGUCAGCGUCUACACGAGUGCGACCGAUCCACCGUCCCCGCAGUCCGACGAUGUGCUGCGUGAGGCUUCGUUGGAUUCGGAGCGGCGGUUCUGGACGGGCUCUGCGGUGGAGGACGGGGUGCGCAUCAUCAGGGCCCUGGGCAGGUCGGGCGAGGACUCCAAGGGUGAGAAGGAGAUGUAA